UUCUACCUCCUUUUCAUAGAGAGUAAAUUAAUAAAAGAGCCAUUUGCAAAUCGCACCAGAUAUAAUUGGAAUAUUUGACCGGAAUUUGUAUCCACAUUUGAUCAGAGUUCCAGAAUGCCUGCUCUGAUAGAGAGGCCCAAGAUGACCAGGGCCAUGUACCAAGCCUUGAAGAAACACAUCAUGAAGCAGAGGGAGAAAAAGAAACAAGAACAAGAACAAGAGACUGAGCAGGAACGACUUAGAAAAGAAAGAGAAUCUAGAAAGAAGAAAGAGGAGGAAGACAGCUUGACCCUGGAGCAGACAAAAGAACAAAUCUCUCAGAUGGAGAGUCAACUUGAGGCUCUGAAGCAGGAAAAACACGAGUUGUUCUCUCUUCUGAAGAAGGCAAUCCACGAAGAUGAGACACGGCGGAGACAGCAGAUGAAAGAGCAAAGCGAGUCUAUGAUCCCCCUGGGUUCCUACCAUCAUUCGGCAAUUCCUGUGUCAGGCCAUCCUUCUAUUUUCACCUUUCCCGGCGGCCCCAUGUCUGCAGGAAGACCCACCAUGUAUAAGCCUCAGCAGCCUACCAUGAUAUCAAGUAUGAAGAGGCCCAGGAGUCCAUCCCCUCCCCCAGUCUCCAUGUAUACCAGCAGUCCCUAUGUGACCGCCGACCCCAGGAAGUAUGCCAUGGCCAAUUAUGCUGCUCCUAAACCACAACACCCACAGUUUACUGAGCAGAAGCCUGCAGGUUAUCCACCUCAAGGUCACAUGGCCUACAGCAGCCAAUCAGGGCACAGUUUCCCUGCCCCUCCUUCAACAACCCAAGGUGCAUCCAACUACACAAGCAGCCAACCACAGGUGACAAAUAAGUUCCAGGCCAACCAAUCACCAGCAGGCAAAUAUCCUGGCAGCCAAUCAGCUUUCAGUACAUAUCCCAGUCAUUAUGCGCAUCAGCAGCAGAAGAUUGGAGAAUAUCCAGCUCAGCAUGCCAGUUAUCCUAUUCCUAGAAUUGGAGCAGCUCACUUGGGGUCUCCUCGAGGUCAAUUACAGCCCACUGUGGAGGGCAGUAAAUCUCCUAAGGAUCAGUACAAGAUGAUGUCCUCCAUGAGGGGUACUGGUGUCAUCCAGCAGCAGAUGCAGCUCCCCCCUCAGCAACCCCCACCCAGGGGGAGUAUAAUGACUGGCUAUCCUGUGAGAACACAGGCUACCACCAGUACUUACCAGCCACCUGCCUCACAACCUGCAGGGCAGCCUAGAUACAGCUAUCCUGGACAGCCACAAAGGUUCUUUGGCUACGAGAAAUAAAAAUAUCAACUUCAUAAACUCUUGGUGUGGAACACCCAGUGGCUUUACAGUACAGUGUCCAUAUUAAGGAAAGGUUUUGAUGAUGAUGAUGAUGAUGAUAAUCACUUAUGUGUCAGAACAAAUUUUUUAUGAAACCACUGUUUUGCUUGGAACAUCUUCGGGCUGGAUACCUACAGGGUGUCCGUUGAACUGUGAGUGGUUUUCAAAGUUAUUCUCAUCACCAAAAUUUUGAAUUCAACAUCUUGUAGAACCACGAACAAGAUAUUUAAAAAACUAUCCAUGUUGUAGUUGUACUCUCUAUGGUUGUCACUUGAUGGAUUCGUUAACUUUGGCUGACCAAUUUACAGAAGGCCAAUAAGAAUUCCCAUUUCGUGUUUUUUUUUUCCUUCUCUGAAAAUUUUGCUUAAUUACAGGCCCAGUUCUGCAAUGUAUAGUUUAUUUUUUCCUUAAUAUAUGGACUGAGAUAGUUGUAUGUAGAUUUGUCAGCUUUAGCUGGCUACUUAUGUUUUCAUUCAGAUGUAUAGGUAUGCAGACGUCAUGUAAAACGGGCGCAGGUGCCUGAUCCGUGUACUGAUUGUAUUCAAUCUGGCUGGCUUUUGUCAAAAUAUACAGAAGAAAUAGACUAGUCUAGAUCGUGUUAGAAUAUAAGAAAAGAUGUUUGUUCGUUGUUGUGCAUUAAUGACAGUAGAUUGCAUGAAAGAAUGCUCGAGAUUUUCACUGACAAGAUAUAGACAGUACGUAGCUAGAUUUGUAUUUCAAGCUUAUUUUUUUCUAUAGUGCAGAGCACUCCAACUUUUAAUAGUAACGUACCAUGUAAAAAGAAGUUGAUCAUUUUAAUAUGUUAUAACUACAUUUAGUGUAGCUGUUUAUUGUAAACAGUAUAUGUUGUUGUUGUCUUAAAUAUUUAGAGAUUUAUAUCGUCAAGUCGCUGUUUCUCUGGGAAGUAAAAUUUAUUAUUCCUAUAGGUUUUGCAUUAUAUUUGUUCGUUGGUGUUUAUAGUUGAGAAAUUGGAUUGAUCCAAAGGACAGUUACAUUUGUAAUUGUUUUAUCUGUUACCAGUUAACAAAAAGGAUAGUCCAAGGCCUUUGUAUCAAUAUGGUAAAAAAGGGAUUCACUAUUUUGACUAAUUGGGGUUGUUUUUUUUCUGAUUUAAGAAAGUUUAUUCAAUAAUUAUUAUUAUCUGAUAAAAUUGUCAAAUUAGUAGCAACUGUCGUCUCAGCAAGACGGACUUUUUUCUUAUUGUUUGAGAAACAUUGAUAUGAUUUUAACAAACAUUUUACUUCAAAAUUACAUGUGCUUUCUGUCUAUUGUCAUUAUGACUUGCUAAUUUCCCCCUUUCACAAAAUUUCACUAAUUGUAUAUGUAUGAAAAUAAAUAUGUGGAACUCGAUUGUAAAGCCUUUUCUGUCGAUAUUCUUUGGUGCAUCCAUUUUAUAUGAUCAAGCAGUCGGAUAUAAUGGGGAAAAUGCGUCUCU